CAAAGCGAUUAAUCAUGAUAAGGCAAACUCAGACAAGGUCCUUUAUUUUCAUGUAAUGAUGCUGAAUAUUUGACAUGUGUACACAAAACACUAUAACUCUUGACUUCACUUUCAGGGCAGGGGUUAUAUCCUCUAUCCCAGCUGGGAGAACCCUCACCUUCAGCUGGGAUAAAGGGGUGGAGGGCCGCUAUGUUAAUGUUAUUGUGCCGGGAAACAACAAGUAUUUGGCACUUUGUGAGGUGGAGGUGUAUGGCUAUCCAGCACCAAAUGGUGAGAAUGUGGCUUUAAGAGGGAAAGCAACUCAGUCAGAUCUUCAUGGAUAUGGAUUUGCAUAUAAUGCCAUUGAUGGGAAUCGGGACGGCAUAUAUGGCCAUGGUUCCUGUACUCACACAAAAGCUCAUUUCAACCCUUGGUGGAGAGUGGAUUUGCUCCAAAAAUAUAAAGUCUUCUCUGUGAGAAUCACCAACACUGUGGAUAGUGUUCCCAGUAGACUGAAUGGAGCUGAAAUCAGAAUAGGAAAUUCUUUGGACAACAACGGCAUCAACAACCCCAGGUGUGCCGUAAUCUCCUCUAUCCCUGGUGGAUUUUCCGAGACCUUUGAGUGUAAUGGGAUGGAGGGACGCUAUGUUACCGUGGUGAUUCCUGGACGUGCAGAGUACCUGACACUAUGUGAAGUGGAGGUAUAUGGAUCACUGCUGGACUAAAGCCCAGGGAAACAGCGAUGGAUAGCAUGAACUACUCUCAAAACACAGCAAAUGUAUUGUUUUGCUGAAUAUGUCAUGGGCGACACUUUCAUUCAUAAAAAUAACUCAUAUCUUUUGGUGAUAUAGUUGGCAAGUCGUGUUGAGAAAGCUUUUCCUAAUUUUUUUACGUGGUGUAGGUGGUCUAACCAUAGACUACAUUACCCAGAGGUCCCUUAUCACCUUUCAUUCCUUAUCUACAUUUCACUGACUCAGCAUUGGCCGCAACAAGGUCAUAAAACCGGGUGACGCAUCUUUUGCUUUAUAACCGCGCCAAACCCGAAAAUCUCUCUCUCUCGCGGUGGUUUUUGCAGCAGUGAAUUCCAUUCACAAAUAGAGAUACCCGACCCUACGGAAGAAUUCUCAUCAGGACAAAGGACGACACGACGACGUAGCUCAUAGAACUUCUGAUCAAAGUUCCAAUCUAUUUGAAAUCGUUAGUUGCAACCUGAGUUUACAUCGGUAGUACUACACUGCAGCCCAGCAGUUUAUUGAAUACGAGAAGGCGACCGGUUCCCUUUUUCAUCCUUUCAAGUCGACAAAAAGAACGUUCAUUCCCCUUCAAGACUCACCACGACCUCCACCAGGCCGUCCCAGGGUCCAGUUGACGAACUGUUUAAGAAGGCUGAAUUCCAGCUAUUUCCACGACGCCUGCGUUCCACGCUGCUCCACGGAAAACCGCAGAAAACAUCUUGGUCACUACGCAAGAGCGAUAGAAGUAAGGCUAAUAUCUGGGCAGAACUUAGUUUUAUAUGUAUGUUUUAUUCUAUGCGAUUAGUGUUGUUAUUUUAUUUCGUUAAGAUUUAAAUGCAAACUGAAAUUCACAAUCUACACGGUCUGUGACCGUGGAUAAUCUUGCUUGGUUCUUUUGCUAAUGUUAGAUAGGUUUGUGCAUGCACCAUCUCUCUAUCUCUUUCUCUCUCUCUCUCUAACUCCCUUUUACAUCACCACCUGAACAUAUACACGCAUACAUUGCGAUUUCAGUGUUGUUGAAGAUUUGGUAUUGAAUUAAAGCCUAGCUCGGAUUUGUCCUUAAGGCAAGAAUCCUUUGUCUCAGACAUUCUUUACUUUGUGCACCUCCCCCCAACUAAUUUGACGCCUAAGCAAACAUAGUGUCCCUGUCUCGGACCCGCACCAGCAUCCGGUGACCAUUCUCCCUCUAGUUGGGGCCUGAGACACUCUUGACUUCACGCACAUAGCAUCUAUCACCUGUGCGCUUGCCUCCCUCUCACUUCCCCCAUCUCUCCAUUGAGCGCGCGACCGCGUUUACUCGCAACUGCGCAUACCCACACACGCACCCGCUCACACACCCACACACACACACACACACACACACACAGAGACGAGGAAGCUAACGCACCCUCCUCUGCAUUGCUGAAACAGAUUACCUCAUUCCCCAAUUCAACUUUGUGCCCUGCUCAAUUGUGUUACUCCAGUGUGUAUGUUAUUCUACCUGAUUUGAUAUUACUAUUAAUCACCGUUUGUUACUUUUAAUAAAUUGUUUAUUUUAAAU